GGUGAAGGGACCAUAACAAGACCUUGGCCGCUUCGUGGAAGAUGUCCGAUGAUACGCACGGGAGCCCUCCUCGUCGCCUUUCUCGCAGGAUUGUUAUAUGAUGAAGCAGCAGGGCCAUGAAGAGAUCAACACCGACCACCGGGGAGAGGGCUGACACCAGCCUCGAGCACGUCAAGAAGCUGACCAAGAAUGUGAGCGAGUGUGUUCGGCGUACAAAUGCAGCACUGGGCGAGGCAGGAGCGGUGUGUAGCUUGUUCACAGCUCAAGCUGUUGGAGUGCGAGCCAGGCUGAGAGAUGCAUGUGAACGGGUUAUUUUGACGGCCCCUGGUCCCCAUGCGCGCCGCAUGGAGGAGAUACUGUGGCGUAAAGUCUACUAUGAGCCACUGACUGCAGCAAAGAAAAUGAGAAAGGGUAAUUCAUGGACAAAUAAUGAGGCAUGUUGGGUGCAUAAUCACCUAUGGACUGGAGUCGCCUACUAUCACCAGCUGUUGCAUGCUCUCGCGUGUUCAUCCCCGACAAAGUUUCCUCUGGCAGACCUAUUGCCACCUCUAAAUAACGAAGAUGAGUGCGCUCCUGUCCCUCCGGUUGGAGAGAGUGCCACGGAUUCCAUGCAUCGAUGCCUCACAUUUCUGGGCGACUUAACCCGUUACAUGUUGGAUCUUCCCUCUCCCCCUCCCUAUCAAUUUUCCGUUCGCUACUAUCUGCAGGCUCUCCACUACUACCCUGAGGGUGGCCUGACACACAGCAACUUGGCCACUGUCUAUACUACAGCUGACCAACCUCUGUUGGCUGCAGUGCACUACCUCCGAGCACUAACAUGUGAGAAAAAUGUUGAAGGAGCUGAAGGCAACCUCAAACGUCUGCUGGACAAGAGUCGGUCCAUCUAUGAGAAUGGAGUGGAGGAAGGAGACGACAAGGCUCCUUCACACCACCACAAGAUGUUUCUGCACACACUUCUUACUCUCGUCUCGUGUUUUGUCAAUAACAGAGCUACCGAGGAAGUUGCAAGGUUGUGCCAGGAUGUGCUGGUUCAACUUGGGAAGGUAUUGGAAACUUAUGAUGAUGCUGAUAAUGAACCUUCAGAGAGAUCGCCUUCACCGGCUGUUUCGCCACCAAAUGGCCAUGUACCAACUGCACAACAAAAUGGAUGCGACCCCUCAUUAGAAGCCAAAGAGAAGAUGGUAUCAUUUAGCCUUACUCCUGAGGCCAUGGUGGUUGUCUGUGCUGUUUUAUCUAUUUGUACUCAAAGGCUCAAGAAACAAGCAUCACCACACACAAGCAUGGCCCAAGCUCUUAUGGUGUCUGUCCUGAUGACUCUAGUUUCCCUCGUCACUAGUCGACUAGAGCAACGCAUCUCGCUUGUCGAUCCCUCGUUUUUAUCCAUCCUUGUUCCCGAGACAGAAAAGAAGACUGAUGAAGACAAUGGUAAUGAUUCAAAUUUGGGGCAGAAAGAAGACAAGAACUCUGAGCCUGUAAUGGACGGCGGAAAUGCAAAACCAGUCAAGAAAAAGAAAAAUGGCCGCAGCAAUAGGUUGGCCAAUCUUCGUCGACGGCGCCGGGUGAAUGGUGACCGGCCCAAUGCCAGUGAUGAUGAGCAGAGUGGUUCAGAUGCUUCAGCAAGUGAUGAUGACAAUGAUGCCGAAGGUGAAGGCAAUGAUGAUAAAGAUGAAGUUGUAUCCAGUGAAGAUGAGGAGGAAGAGGAUGAGGAAGACUUGGACCUCUCUCAGCUGUGCUCCUCAGAGGAUGACGAUGAUUCUGAUGAGGAUGUAAAGAUCGAGUCUGACCAGGAGUGGGAAGGCCUCAGUGCUGGUGAACACUUGGAACUCAUUAGCAAAGAGGGCAUGUUAGCAGCCGUGUUUGUUGCGUGUGAUUGGCUGAAGAGGGAGGACGAGGUCAUUCAGCUGUGCAUGAAGACUGCAGGCUCACUAUGGACUGCUAUUGCCAAGCUCCUCAAUUUGACGAGAGUGGAUCUCGACCAUCUCAAGAACAAUUCACAAGGAGUUCGAAAUGAAGUGAUUGACAUUUUACAAGAGUGUCCUGGAGCGGCCAAAGAAAGUUCUCGCAAAAUAUUGGUAGAUGCUCUCCAGAUAACGCCACUACCUGAAGACUUCAUGCUGCAUACUUUAAUUUCCACUUAUCUGCCCGGCACACGCAAGUCUCUCAACCUUAAGGCUAUGGAACUGGUGUUGCUGAGAGUGAAGCGUCUCCACAACUUUGGCAAUGAAAUUGCAGUGAGAGUUGAUACUCCUCUGUGGCAUAAUUCUGAGACUGGUAUCUACAGUUUCUCUAUGGAUGGUGUUGUAAUUGAUGAUAAGAAGAAGAACAAAGAAGUUGGGCUGGGAACACUAAGUAGAGAAGCAUCCUUAUCCCCAACCGAGGAAGAUCUCUUGUCCGUACCACCAGCGAAGAAAGACUCACGGCGAUUAGCAGGCAUGCAGUCUCUUACAGCACAGUGGCUACAACACGAAGUACGAAAUUUGGAAGAGCGCACUGCCCGUCGAGCCACUUUAGGCAUGUACUUGGUUCCAGAUGCCACUGUGCUUGUUAACCACCUCCAAGCUAUCAAGAUGCUUCUCUCUAAGCCCACACACAUGAUCAUCAUCCCACAAGCAGUUAUUGAUUUGUUAGAUCAACAGAAGCGAGAGAGCUUGGGUGCACGUGAUGCUAUCCGCUGGCUGGAGAUAAAGUUUCGUCAUGGUUCGCGAUUUAUCAGAUCCCAGCGGCCGCAUGAGAGGACUCACUUGCCACUCAUUAAGUACCCCAAAAGGAAGGACAAAGAAGCUUGGGAGUGGUACCAAAUAGUGGAGUGCUGUCAUUACCUGAGUGCACAGGUGCAGCAAAAUUCUACCCAUGUCAAGACUGCAACGGUGUCCCUUUUGACUGCGGAGAAGCACCCACCCAACGCCACCUUCUCUCACUCCGGUCUCACCCAAGCUGCAGGCGCAGUAUUGGAGCACAUUGAGGAAUUUAUGCGCAAAUGGCAAACAUCUACCAAAGGACAUAGCUGAAGUGAGAGAUAUGAAACAAGGUUUGCUCCUGAUCGGCCAUCACCCAUCAUCCCUUCCAGCUGUGCAUCGAAAGGGCCCAUCCUUCCCCUAAAUGGCCCCGUGUGCACGUCAUUGGCCCUGUGUGCGCAUCAUUGGCCUCGUGUGCACUGGCAACCAACUACAUGCAUGUAAGAGCCAGGUCUACAUGUACAGGCAUGUGAUCAUAUGAAGCAGAAUGCAAGCACUGCUGUUCUACAUGCGCUCCCAUGUAGAGUGCCCGAUGUAAUCAGGUUGCCUGAUACCCGCUGGCUUCUAGAGCUCCUGAGUGGCAGUGGGGAAACCAUCAAGAGGAGAGAGAGAGAGAUUAUUUUCCAGUUUGGAAUGCUGUCGUUGAUUAUUGCCAAGCUAUGCAGUGGUUCAAGUGCACUGUGCUCUUGCUUAAGAAGCACCCGGCUCAAAUCCUCUUUUGUGAUAACCCAUCAUAAAUGGCAUAUACCUUACAGAACACCUUUGUGAGGUUCAGCAGCAUGUGUGUAAUCUGUUGGGUCUCAUGGUGAACAUUCUGUGCUGUACCCGACAUAAAACGUUUUCCUUCCCGAAAUAUCUUGCAAUUUCCAUUUAGAUUUGUUACAUAUGACACUGGAAGCUUUUUCUUUUUUCCCACAGUAUGUUAAAAACAUCUAAAUUUAUUUUUAUUUAGUUUUUAUUUGAAAUAAAUUACAGUACAGUGUAUUACAUACCAGUAUUUGAAAACAUGAGUUUAUUUAAUAAGACUAAAUUAUAUUUUUGCCAUUAAUCAUCAUAAAAUUAAUGUGUUGUCAUUGAUAUGUCCACCAAUAAAGAUUUCCUAGAGGAAUAUUGUAUCGCUUAAGAUUCGUAAAUUAUAAUUUUUCUCUUUACCAGUUUGGAUAUAAGGAAUUUGCCCAUUAUAAAUGAUGUGCCAAAUUUUCCCGUUUAAUUCACACGGCAAUAAUCUUGCUUUCUUUACUGUAAUUGCUCGGCACUUCCCAGUUCAGCAUUUUGUUAAUGCUGAAUGUUUAAAUUCAAAGAAAUGCUUGAAAAUCCUAAUAUUAGCAACAAUAUAUCAAAUGAGGAACGAUUAUAUAAAUGAAGGUUCCUUUGAUGACAAAAUGUAACCAGCGAUACUGACACAGCACUAUACAUGUAUGGGGUGUUUUCUGUGGUGUGGCAUCAUGACUUUGAAGAUACUUUUAAGUUUCUUACUUGCUAUCUAUGUGAUUUGUCCUUUUUCAUUUGUUGGAUUAAUAAAUAGAAAUGGACUCUUAA